UCCUUAAGUAGCAAAGGACAGAUUGAAGUAUCAAUUUGUGACAAGAAAGGAACAUCAACCAAUUGCUUGUUCUUUGGAAAAAAGUAAAAAUAAUGAGCCAUAGCUUCCCUCAUUUUUGUGCAAAUUUACUCAGAAUGGAUUGUGAAGUCUAAAAUAUUUCUCUUUAAAAGGUGAAAACGUAUUUAGGUCUCUCAAUAACGUGUGUGGCAGCAACAAAGAGACAAAGCUAAAAUGAACAAUAGAUGAUUUGUUUAUUCUUUUUUUUUUAAGCUUAUUAUUCUACUUUAGUAUUUAGUUCAUAUCCUGGUGCUUUAAAACCCAAUUACGUGUGUUGUCUGCCAGUAAUCCUUCAAUAGUAUUGGCUAAUUGUAAAUGCAAUAUAUUACAAUAUAUAUUUCUCAUGGAAUAUUCUUUUCUUAUUUCCUUUGCCUUUUUGUUUGCUGGCGAUGCCAACGUUGACCGAAGGUGUCGCCUCACUUCCGGGUGUAUGUUGACCCACCUGACAAGCACACGUCCUGACGUCACAGGCAGGUGUCACAGAAGUAUCACAGGCUAAAGUAAGGAGAAACUCGACUUUACUGAUUUGAAACACCUGAGGUUCUAUUUAAUUGGCGUAAACACCGCAGUGCAAACUGUGGAAACGUGAAAGUAUUAUUACAAUCGUGAUAAGCUGCAGGGAAUUUACGUACAGGUCUGGUCCCUGAACGUCUCACAUGGAGGCUGCAGAUGCUCAGCAUGGGCGGGAGGGGGUUGCUCCAAGACGUUCCGCUCUCGACGUAAUCAUGAGCCAGAUUCGCGGUAAACGCACAGCCCCAGACAGGAAGCCACUUGGACGAUUUCUUUCCCGCUCCACAGAGCGAACGGGGAUCGCAGAGGACUUGGGGACAGAGACGCGGGAGAAUGUCUCAGGUUUCACUAAAGCAGCAGAAGAUGAGGCAAACGGUGGUGGCUGGGGACGAGUCUGUGUUUUUCUACAGAAACUUGGAAAAAAGGCAGACACCAGGAGCCUCAGCGUGGCCCACUGUGACCUGACGGCUACAGAUUUGAUGGAGCUAGCCACGUUGCUUCAAUUCCUCCCCAACCUGGAAGAGAUGGAUGUCUCCUGGAACGAGCUGAUUGGAGGAAGUCUUGGCGCACUGUCAUCUCACCUCAGUCAUGUGGGCGGGAUCAGGGUGUUGAGGCUGUGUCACUGCAGGUUGAAUAAUGAUGAUGUCACAGAGCUGGGUGACGCUCUCAGCGCUAUCCCUCUGUUAGAGAUCCUCGAUUUGUCCUGGAAUGGUGGCAUUGGUGGAAAAGGCCUGCAAAGCCUGCUGGGUAAACUACCAGCAACAUUGAGGGAGAUUCACCUAGUGGCCUGUCAGCUUACUGCAGCAGAUGCUGCUGCACUGGGAGGAGCUCUGUGUGCUCAGCCCAGACUCUGCGUCCUGGACAUUUCCUCUAACCCUCAGCUCACACAGGAAGUGGAGGGCGGAUGUUUCAGAGACAUGGCUGCCGCCCUCUCCAACGCCACUUCUCUCACAACUUUGCGGCUACACGACUGUGGCCUGAGCACUGACCACCUGAAUGAUCUUGGUAGUGCGUGUGUUUCCCUCACAUCACUUCGAGAAUUGGACGUGUCCUGUAACAGGGGUUUGUCAGGAGGAUUGGACCAGCUCACCUCUGACCUGGCUCACCUCACACACCUAGAGAGCCUGGACCUUCACAUGUCCUGUCUUACCUGUGCAGACCUGGAGGCACUGAUCCAGGUUCUGCCCUUUCUGACUGCACUAACAGCUCUGGAUGUGUCGUCCAAUAAGGAGGCGGGGGGUGUGGCCAAAGAUCUGGUCUCGGCCCUCCCGUUGGUGCAGAUGAAGCGUUUACCAUUAAACAGCUGCAGCCUCAGCCAGGAGUCCUUCACUGCUCUGGUUCUGGUGGCACCGUAUCUCCGCAGCAUAGAUGUUUCUUGGUGUAAAGUCGUUGGCGGUCGCACCUCUCUUCUCCUGGAUGCAUUGCAGCCUUCUGUUCUCCUUGAGCUUCGUCUCAGCAGCUGUGGGCUGUCCACUGAGGACCUGUGUCACCUGGCAUCUGCGUGCAGACACGGUCGACUGUCUUCACUCCGCCUCUGUGACGUCUCCUACAACGCCUCAGUGGGUGACGAUGGCUGGUGUGCCCUCUUUGAGGCGGGAGGCCUGGGCUCACUGGAGGAGUUGGACCUCAGCCUUAGACCUUCAAGCUCCGCCUCCUGCUCCUCCUGGCUGCCGGCACUACUCCGGGCUCUGCCUGGGCUGACGGCUCUGAGCAGACUGUCCGCUCAGAGAUGGAGGAUCAGCAGCCAGGAGCGACAGAAGCUGAAGCAGUGUUUGAAGAAGAGGAAAGUCUUGCUGGAGUUUGAUACUGAGGUAAAAGAUGGAGUGUCAUCACAUCAGACGACCAAUCCAGAGAAGACAGAGGAGUGACCUGAUCAUGUGAGACACUUCUCUUAAAACACCUUAACAUAUCACAGUU